CAGCAGUCUUCAAGGCUAUUCCCUACAUACUCCAAAACAUACUUCAUUCUAUACUCAUUAUUCACACUUCCCUUAAACCCUGUCUUCCCCAAGAAAGUGAGAGAACUUAAGCUCUGAUCUCCAUCCAUCCAUGGCAGCCUUCCAAAACCUCUUCCUCUUCUUUUUGGCUUUCCUAUUUUGCCCUCCAUGUCUCUCCAUCUCCAUCCAUGAUCUUCUAAAGUCAAAGGGGUUGCCAGCAGGUCUGUUCCCAAAGGAAGUGAGCAACUACACUGUAUCAGAAUCUGGGCUUCUUCAAGUCUUCCUUGAUGAGCCUUGUCUCACCAAAUUUGACACCAUGGCCUUCUAUGACAGUGUGGUCACUGCUAAUCUCACCCAUGGUUGCCUCACUGGCGUUCAGGGCUUCUCCCAGGAAGAGCUCUUUGUUUGGCUCCCUGUCAAAGACAUCAUCGUUGAUGACCCUUCUUCUGGCCUCAUUCUCAUUGAUAUUGGCUUGGCUCACAAACAGCUCUCCCUUUCCCUCUUUGAAGACCCCCCAGACUGCAAAAAAGAUGGGGGUUUGGGGUUGAAGAAGAAAAGCAGGAAGGCGGAGAAGGGAUUAUUUGAAGCUCAAAGAUAGAAAAGAUGCUUACUUCUUCUGUAUGUAUUGUGUUGCUGUUUCAGUAGAAUAAAAUCAAAAACACAAACAGUAGCAUUAUUGUAUGUAUUAUUGUGUAAAAUAUAUAUGUUAGGAAUCUCUUCUUCUCGGCCUAUUACAUCAACGCUAAUCUUCUAACUUUUCCUUCUUUUGUCUUC